GAGAAACUCAAAGAUUCAGAAAUUAUUAAAAUUGUUUUGUAUGAAGCAAAUCAGUAUGAAAAUGGAGAUUCUGAUGACUCAGAUGAGGAACAACCAAAAAUUUUUAUUUCAGAAGAGCUAAUGGACUUAAAUAAGUUCAUUAGUUUUUUUGAACAACAAACUGAUGCUAAUUUCAAAUCUGAAGAUCUCAAAAUUUUUCGAAAAUACUUGAUCUUAGUAAAUCGAAAAUAUAUUAAAUCUAAGCAUCAAACAUCUAUUAGUGAUUUUUUUAUAUCAGUAAAUAAUAAGGAAGAUUAUGAUGCCGAAUUGUGA